AAUCCAUAUCAACAAGUUGCCUUUUAUGUAUUCAUCAUGUUGGAGCUACUUAUUUGGUCAAAAUUUUUAAGUGGGUUGAAUUCAUUUCAAAUAUUUGUUUUUUAUUACCUCAUUUGUGGUAUAAUUCAAGUUAUUUGAGGUAAGCUAUUAUUAUUAUUGUCAGUUUUUUUCUAUUUAAGCAAGGCAAAUAAAGCUACAGAACCUUUUCUAUGAGUAAAUUAGUAGGUAAAGGUCUGGAAUGUACUGGGAUGGGUGUAUUGUUGUUCUUACAAGAGCAGGAAAACCAUCAGAAAACAACAGAAAAGUUAUUUUUGUUGCUUCUCUGAAUGGAUGAAAACCAUGAGACAGAAUUUUCAAGUUGAACAGUUGACAUGUUUUGCUUUACCUCUAGAUAUUGGCAAACAAAAGUAUGCAUCAUAAAAGAAAAACCAGCAUAUGACGUUUCAUUUUCAGCCUUUCAAUCAUUCUUUACAUAAGAGUCAGUGACAAUUCAAGAACACAGACGCAUAAAACUAUUAGAAAAUUAAUAAACGAAGACAAUGUUGUUCAUUUUGGAUUGUGCUACUGUUUGCUUAUUAAGUUUGUUCAUAUUAUUAAGUAACAAUUAUUUUUAUUAUUUUGGAAAGAAUGAAAUAUAUCUAUACAAAUGUACGAACUGACUUGAAUGCACCACUUUGCCGUAAAACACCGUUUAGAAGUGCAACUGACGAGGAACCGAAUCUCAACGGGGGAACCCGAACUCGACACAACACCUGUUCGUAGUACAGCUUGUUCCCGCAGCUGAGCUCUUCUUCCUCCUGAUGCCGCAAAAACAGGCGACAACUGUCCGUUUCCGUCCACACUGCUUCAGCGGCAGCUGUUACCGUUGCAGUGGGACGCCCGGUGACAGCUGACGGGACGCUAACACACCGUCAAACCGCUCUCAGUGCGGCGUCCAGCGGUGUGUCACAUUUGACCUGGCGGCUGCUGCGGUUAGCCUGACAACAGUGUUAGCUUAACUGCAGCAGCGAAACGGCCAUAUACUGUGAAACACAACGUCAUAAAUAAGCAGCAAAAGACAACAGUGGCAGACUUAAGUUUAUGUUUUUUUUCUCUCCAAUGCGGACUUUUUGUCGGCUUGUUCCAGGCGCAGUGACUUCGGAGAGGUUCAGCGGUCGUUGGCAGCGGCGAUGUUGCUAUGCACGACUGCAACCCGCCUACUCGGAAGAGGGAAAACUUUGCUCCCUGAUCCGUUUAGGAGGAUCGCUAUGAACAUGUCGUCCUCCUCCGCCGCCGGUAAGAGGCUGCGGGUCCUGGUCGACAUGGACGGGGUGCUGGCGGACUUCGAGGGGGGCUUCCUGAAGAAAUACAGGGCCAGGUACCCGGACGAGCCCUUCAUCGCGCUGGAUGACAGGAGAGGCUUUUGGGUGUCAUUGCAGUACGGCCAGCUCAGAUCCGACCUAUGUGAAAAAGCCAUCAGUAUCUGGGAGUCCAAAGGCUUCUUCAUAGACUUGGAUCCUCUGCCUGGAGGAGUGGAGGCGGUGAAGGAGAUGGCCAGGAUGGAUGACACAGAUGUCUUUAUUUGCACCAGCCCCAUUAAACAUUACAAACACUGCCCAUAUGAAAAGUACGCCUGGGUGGAGAAGCAUUUAGGCUGCGACUUUCUGGAGCAGGUCAUCCUGACCAGAGAUAAAACCCUAAUUGCCGGUGACCUCCUCAUAGACGACAAGCCUGACAUUCAAGGUGUGGAGUCCACACCAGCUUGGGAACACAUCCUGUUCACCGCCUGCCACAACAAGCAUCUGUCCAUCGGUGCCUCCCAGAGACGGCUCCUGUCUUGGUCGGAUGACUGGAGGGGCAUCCUGGACAGCAAAAGGAAGUGAGGGACGCCACUCCUUCCUCGGCAUCAUAGUAACCGGGGCAACCGGAAUGCAAGGCUGAUCGUCCCACUGUUGAAGAUGCAACAACGUCAAUGGACCAGCAUUUCCUUCCCUUGUUUCUGAAGAAGAAAACUGAAGUCAGUUGUUGGGAGAGAAGAGAAAGUUCACUUAUUUCACCACCAGAGGGCAGCAUGACACAGGCCAGCCACACUUCCACUGAACAACUCUUAAAAAACCGCAGGUCGAUUUUUAACAGGGCCAGACCGCAUUGAUGGAAGUUUUUGGUAUUGUUCUCCCAUGGUUUCUAAAUUUGGACCUGUCUGCUCAGAAUCCAUCUCGUUUUGUUUUUGGCCUGCUGUAGUGGUUUAUUCAUAUCCUCAUUACAAAAGGCCAGUCCCAUAAACGUGUCCAUGCACUGUGAUUCACACACAAACAUCAGGGCGCUCCACUACACAGGAAAACGAACAAACAGAGCCGUAAGAGCUGGUGAACGUGAGCACAGGAGUGUGACAUCAGACCUGGGAUUAUGGUAACGGUUAUAGUUGGUACUUCUUUUACCUCUACUUAAGUGAAACACCACUGUAAUGUACAGAAAUUUACAUCCAUUCAUCACUGGCAUGCAUGUUUUACUUUUAAUGUUGCAUUUAAAUAUGACCGUAUAGGGAAAAAAAAUUAAAAGUUUGACACCUUGGGCCUGCUUUUUUGAUAUCCUACGUAAAUUAAGAGGAAAAAAAACCCUCAUCUGAUUGAGGUUGAGGGUUUGCUUCUCAAGUUUUCCAAUUUUUUCACAUUGACCUCAAAUCCACAAUUAGAUGGUUAAGAGAUUAAUACAAACAGUUGUUCCAACUGGGAUGUUUGAUGGCUGACAAAAUCCAUAAUAAAUUCAAACUUCAACCAAAAAGAAACGGUUCAAAUUCGUCACUGAAAGCCUUAAAUGAGCAUGAAACCGAUGCCAGAGACGAAGGUAUGUAAACUUCUGACCACCACCACUGGAAAGACGGAUGAUCUGGCGGAAAGUUUUGUUUUUAUUGCUAUUUAAAAACUUUGGUGCUCUUUAUUUUUUUUUAGCAUUUCACAAUGAUCUAUGCAUCUCACUUCACCCACUGAGGGAAAACGUACUCACACAAACAUGUUGCCAAAAAAACAAAAACACAUAGAACAAAAAUAGCGAGUCAAAACGUCUGUUCUUUGAAAAGUUUUCCUGUUCUAAACUAUUAAAUAAAAUAGAAUUUUUAGAAAUGCCAAGUCAUUUUCAGUCAGAUGUUCCACAUGAAAUGUACUAUGUGUAUUUUUAUACUAUAGCGUGUUUACAUUCGCACAUAAAUGUAGAUGGAGGGUAGAGGGCAGAAACUUUGACCUAACUGCAAAGUGUUAGAUUUAUUGAAGCAAGACCAUUUUUGAGUUGAAAAGCAUUUCAGAACGAAGUUGCCACAAAACAACACAAAGCUUUUUUUUACUUUACUGUUUUAAGGAGCUUGUUGCUCUCCAUCAUCAAAGUUUUUCAGAAGACAUGGACAUUAGAUUUGGGCCUGGUUCAAUCUCCAACUUCAAAAUCAGUUUCUGUCUCUUCUGUUUUAACGUGUUGUUUUCUCCACCUGAAGCCGGUGAAAAAUAAAUAAAGGACACUUUAACAUGUC